ACAACACUACUGCGGCAGGGCGGAUCUCUGGGGAUGACGAGACGGCCUACAGAGAGGAAGUCCUGAAACUGUCCAGGUGAUGUCAUGCUAAUAACCUCAUCCUGAACACCACCAAGACCAAAGAGAUCGUCGUGGACUUCAGGAAGCACAGAGCAGACCCACCCCCACUCUACAUCAAUGGUAACUGUGCUGAGAGGGUCAACAGUUUCAUCUUUCUAGGAACCACCAUCUCGGCUGACCUCACAUGGUCCAUCAACACCAAGACUGUCAUCAGGAAGGCACAGCAGCGCCUGUAUUUCCUGAGAAGGCUCAGGAAGAACAAUGUAGGCCAGAAGCUUCUGGUUACCUUCCACCGUUCAACCAUUGAGAGCAUCCUGUCCUACUGUAUCACAGUGUGAUUUUCCCACUGCACUGAAGCAGAAUGGCAGAGGCUCCAGAGGGCGGUAAAGACGGCGCAGAGGAUCAUCGGCUGCCCUCUCCCCUCACUGAAGGACAUCUACCAGUCACACUGCCUUAGCAGAGUGACUAGUAUCAUCACUGACUCCACCCAUCCUGCUUUGUCGCUGUACCUGCUGCCCUCUGGAAGGAGAUACAGGUCCAUCAGAACCAGGAAAAAUGAGAAUAAAGGCUUCUGAUUCUGAAACCUCAGAGCCUCUGCAUGCCUGCUACUGUUCAGCUUAGUGACUGACUGGGACAAACCAAAACCAAUUUUCUGCUCAGUUCUGAUUGAUUUGUUCUGUCAGUAAAUGCAGGCUGAGUGAAAAGGUUUGCCUCUACAAGAACAGCUGUACCUCACAUGUCAAUACUGUCAUUGCGUUUCCGGUCAGCUGCCCCCGUCACUCAGCAAAGACAGGAGGAGAGUCUGGUUUCUGCUGGGAGGAAGACAGGAGGAACAACUCGUGUGGGAAUUUAAAAAGUAAAAAAUGAUGGUCACAAAAUCACCUUUUCUGCAAUGUUUAUACUAUUGGGAACUUUAAUUUGGGCUGCUGUUAGAAAAUCACUUUAAAACCCAAUAGCUCAGAUCCUGUCUGUUUUUUUUGUAUGGAAUUUGAAUUUUUCCUUUAUUUCAGUUCAUGGGUUUUUUCUGAGUGUCCUACAGUCCAAUCCUACAUGUUUAAUGGAUUUACAGUUGAGUUGUAAGCAGCUGAAUGAGUGAUAUGAUUGCACACGUGUAUUUUCUCCUGUCUGAUCCACAAAAGCUGAUAUUCUUGUUCUGUCAUUUUACAAUAUGGGAAACAAUAAUAACAGGCUGCAGAGAAGAGGAGUGAAAGAAAGAAUGCAGGUCAAAAUAAAAGCUGUGAGAGACAGAAUGCAACACGUGUUUUGUUGUUAAGACAUUAAGAUCUUCUACCUCCCAGCCAAUGAAUACAGAUUAUUCCUCUUGACCCAGUCAUACACCCUCUCCCUCUCCCUGUUUCUGUUCUCCUUCACUGGGGCCGUGCUUGAGGACAGCAGCGUUCUUCUGCUGCUCUUCCUUCUGAGGCAUAUUUCCUCUGCUGGUGCAUGUAAAAAGCUUUGAGCUUUUUUAUCGUUCAAGGAUGAGCAACUCUCUGGAUUUGCAUCAGAUCUCCUGUUCUUUGGGAGUUGGGGUGGAACACGAUGUGGAGACGGCCCACGGCGUGCUGCAUGUUACCAUGAGAGGGGUUGCCAAGGGCAACAGACCUACGAUCCUCACUUACCAUGACAUUGGACUCAACCAUAAAUCUUGUUUCAAUAGCCUGUUUAACUAUGAAGACAUGCUGGAAGUCACACAGCAUUUCUCCGUUCUGCAUGUGGAUGCUCCAGGACAGCAGGAAAACGCCCCCGUUUUCCCCACAGGGUAUCAGUAUCCCACUAUGGAUGAGCUGGCUGAGAUGCUGCCCUCCGUCCUGACACAGCUUCAGAUUAAGAGCGUGAUCGGUAUUGGAGUUGGGGCUGGAGCGUACAUCCUCACCAGACUGGCUCUGAAUGAGCCCGGUUUAGUUGAGGGUUUAGUUCUGAUCAACGUCGACCCGUGUGCUAAAGGCUGGGUGGACUGGGCUGCCUCCAAGUUGAGCGGCUGGACGAGCAACCUGGUGGACAUCAUCAUGGGCCACCACUUCAGCAGUGAUGAGUUAACAGAGAACAAAGAGAUCAUCCAGACGUACCGACUCCACAUUUCUCAGGACGUCCCCCAGGAGAACCUGGCCAUGUUCUACAACAGCUAUGACAGCCGGACGGAGUUGCAGAUGGAGCGGCCUGUAGCUGGUCUCAAUGAAAACACUGUCACCACCCUCAGGUGUCCUGCCCUGCUGGUGGUCGGAGACACAUCACCUGCUGUCGAUGCUGUGGUGGAGUGUAACUCCAGAAUGAAUCCUACCAAGACCACCCUGCUUAAGAUGGCAGACUGUGGAGGCCUUCCUCAGGUUGUUCAGCCUGGAAAGCUAGCAGAGGCGUUCAAGUACUUUGUGCAGGGAAUGGGCUACAUGCCCACAGCUGGUAUGACCCGGUUGGUUCGCUCCAGGACCCACUCCGCCUCCAGCAUCAGCUCCACCGACGGCGUCCGGAGCCGCAGCGCCACCAACACGUUAGCAGACGGUGCCGGCUGUGCCGCCCCCGAACGCACAGAGGUGCAAACCAUUGAGAUGACGGCAUAGGAGCGCCGCCUCCUCUGCCUUCACCUCCCACCUCCAACACUCUUCCUGACGCAAGCCCCUCCUCCAGCCACUUUAGGGUCUGGCUGACUCUGUUCUCUUUUACUUGUUGCUCUUUACUCUUAACUAUCUAACCUUGUUGCCAUGGUGAUAUUUUAGCUGUGAGUUGACAUGGCGCAGUUGUGUGGUGGCUGUUCUCUUCUUUAGUUGUGCUUUUGAAGAAUCCUUUUUGGUAACAUCUUUUUUUUUCUUUUAAUGGGUUUGAUAUGGAGGAAACUGUUGGUUUGCUAAUGUUUUAUCCAGAAUGAGUGAGCUCUGAACUCACAGAAACUAGACUGAAGGAGAUGUGGCCCGGAGCUGCAGUGGUCUUUUAUUCUGCUUUCUCGAUGGGUUGGUGUUUGGUUGUUCCCGGUCCUUCCUGUGCGCCCCUCCCCUCCCAGGGUCAAACUUCCUUUUUUUGUUUGUUUUGUUUUUUCUGCAUGAGACGUUUUCUUCAUCAGACCUGCUGACAGCAUGCUGCUCGUAGAGUCUGGCUGUGGCUCCGCAUUCGGCCGCACGGCUUCACUCUCUUACCAAAGUGAAGUGCAGUUCUCCUCCAGCUGUGGUUUGUGUUUACGGUUGAAACGUUACGUUCAAAGGUCAAUUCCAAUGGUUCCUUUCUCUGCAUCUUGAUAUUUGGUGUUCUCACUGCAUGUUUGGGUUCUGAGACCGUUUUCAACUGCUUUCUUCCAAACCUCCCGGGUCUCUGAAGGCUUAGAGAAAUGUGCACAUUUAGGUAAAAGUUGGAAGCUGUCGUUUUUGGAUUUUUGUUGUUUUAACUGUUUCCUAUGAGAUUUCUAACAACCUUUCAAAAGAACCACCACCUUUGCCGGGUCAAAUCCAUUUGUCUUGGUUGGAGGUCGACUUCCUCCUCUCAUGCUUAGAUGUAGCUUUUGGGAACAUCCCGCUCCCUCCGCGUCCUUCAUAGGCACUGAGGAACAGAUGACAUCCAGAGGCCAAUGUGUGUACGGUGCAGCAGAUGGGACAAAAUUCAGCCAGUAGAGCAGCUUGAAUAGCUGCUGAGGGGCCAACGGAGGCGGAGUCCCCUUCAUUCCAUGGUGAUUCUGCAUCUUGAACCUGUGAUGUCAACAUUACUUCCAGCUGUUCCUUUGAUGACUUGAAGCUUUGGUAGCUGCUCUCUCAAGUUUGUACUGUUCUGACUCUGUAAACCAGUUUGUAAUGAAAUAAAGCAGAUGACUUGGUUUG